AUGCGUGACUGUUUGUCUGCUAACAGGGACGAAAACAUGCACAAAUCUUUCAACGAUGCGGUUCCUCCGGCUCCACACUUCCUUGUCGCAUGCUCGCACAACGAGAUUCUCAGUCACCUGGCCACCGGAUUUCCAGCCCUCGAUGUUUGUUUCCCAGCUCCCUUCCCACUCCCCCUGCCGCCCAUCCAGUUGCCUCCCUCCUUCUGCAGCCCGCCCCCCACCGCCCCCUUUCUUGCCUCCUCCGCGUCGUCGGUGGGCCUCAGACAGCCCCCAGACGAUGAACACAGCUCUCACGUGAGUUUCCACGGUAAGAGGAAAUUACGGGAGAACGACGGAACAGCUGAAGGGGCCGGGCGGCAAUCGAUGGCCGGAGGUGACCCAAAGCGAUACCGCACAACCUACUCCCCCUAUCAAAGCAAGGUGCUGGAGGAAGUCUUCCAGACCGAGCGGUACAUCUCCAGGCCGCAGAGGGCGCAGCUGGCGACACAACUGCAGCUGCCGGAGAACACGAUCAAGGUUUGGUUUCAAAACAGGCGGAUGAAGGAGAAGAGACAGGCCAUGAUGCUGCCAAGUAUAGCAGGGAAAUGCGUUCUCCUAAUCACGAGUGACUGCAUUGUAAUGAUGUUGGUGACACCACUCUUCACUGGUUUAACGGCUGAAAUUAGCCUCUCCGACGCACCGAUUCCAUCGUCGGUUUCGCAUUCUCUUCCAAAAAUUGCUUCGCCGCACUCGGUAUUGGUGGCUACUAGUUUUGAGGAAAGAAAUGAUCCGUACCUUCGUGAGACUCUACUUAAUGUGGCAAAACUCUACUACAACUAUCAACAGCAGUCUCAGCCGGACAGUGGGACAGCCGCGGAGGAGCAGCACAGCUCACCGCCCGCCUCAACAGCGGGACGGUCGGAGUCGUCCGCCUCGACCUUGAGCCCCUCCCCUUCGGUCCGGUUGUCCGCCUCCACGUCCGCUUUCUCUGUGGACAAUAUCUGCUCUCCCAAACAACCACCCGCCAAGACCCCUGAGAAAGCGAAGAUCUUUAGGCCGUUUUGA